AUCUAUCAAUUCUCCUUUUCGCCCGUGUGCAGAUAGACGUCCGCCUUGUAUCUCUACAGGAAAAUAAACUCGUCAAGGAGUCACGGGGCGCAGUCACAGGUCCAUCCGGCGGAGGAUACCGCUAUAAUGGGUGUUUUUCACCAAAGUGGACUUUAUAUCAGUUUUUGUGCUCGCGGAUUUUGAUAGAAAACAACACAUCUUGACGCCCGCUAGCUAACGUUAGUUCUCGCCGCUGUCCUAUGGUGUUGUCUUGGUGAGAGUCUUCAAACGGGGGAUAUACAAGGAAUCUUACUGGGAAACAAUCCUAAACCGCAAACAUGUCUGGGGCGUCUGUAAAAGUCGCCGUCCGAGUUCGGCCCUUCAACUCCAGGGAGAUGAGCAAGGAGUCAAAAUGUAUCAUUCAGAUGCAAGGCAACACUACAACUAUUCUCAAUCCCAAAGCCCCCAAGGAACCAGCAAAGACCUUCAGUUUUGAUUACUCCUACUGGUCACAUACUACGCCGGAAGACCCCAGCUUUGCAUCACAGAACCUUGUCUACAAUGAUAUUGGCAAGGAAAUGCUGGCACAUGCUUUUGAGGGCUACAACGUCUGCAUCUUUGCUUAUGGCCAGACAGGAGCUGGCAAAUCAUACACCAUGAUGGGCAAGCAGGAGGAGGGGCAGGAAGGAAUCAUUCCAAUGCUCUGUGAAGAUCUAUUUGAGAAAAUCAAUGAGGACAGCAACAAAGAGGAGCUCUCCUACUCAGUAGAGGUCAGUUACAUGGAGAUCUACUGUGAGCGGGUGCGAGAUUUGCUAAACCCUAAGAACAAAGGGAAUUUACGAGUGCGAGAGCACCCGCUACUGGGUCCCUACGUGGAGGACCUGUCGAAGCUAGCUGUCACCUCCUACACAGAUAUCGCUGACCUCAUGGAUGCAGGCAACAAGGCCAGAACUGUGGCUGCCACCAACAUGAAUGAGACCAGCAGCAGGUCCCAUGCUGUUUUCACCAUCGUCUUCACACAGAAGAAACACGACAGUGAAACAGAUCUCUCCACAGAAAAGGUCAGUAAAAUUAGUCUGGUAGACUUGGCAGGAAGUGAACGAGCAGAUUCCACUGGAGCUAAAGGUACCAGGCUAAAGGAAGGCGCAAACAUCAACAAAUCUCUCACCACGUUAGGAAAGGUUAUCUCUGCCUUGGCUGAAGUGGAUAACUGUACCAGCAAGAGCAAGAAGAAGAAGAAGACUGACUUCAUCCCGUACAGAGACUCUGUUCUGACAUGGCUGCUGAGGGAGAACCUCGGUGGAAACUCAAGAACAGCCAUGGUAGCUGCCCUCAGUCCUGCAGAUAUCAACUAUGAUGAAACCCUGAGCACGCUCCGCUAUGCUGACCGAGCUAAGAACAUCAAGUGCAAUGCUGUCAUCAAUGAAGAUCCUAACAACAAGCUGGUGCGUGACCUGAAGGACGAAGUGGCUCGACUGAAGGAACUGCUCCGUGCUCAGGGCCUGGGAGACAUCCUAGACAUUGAUCCUAUGGGGGAUGAUUGCCCAGGAAGUGGAAUCAAAUACCUCAAAGACAUUCAGAACAAUAAGCAUAGAUACUUGAUAGCCUCAGAGAACCAACGCCCUGGCCAUUUCUCCACAGCACCUAUUGGUUCCCUGACAGCCUCACCAUCUUCUGGCUCACUGUGCAGCCAGGGCGGCCUUCAGUCCGUCACCAGCAUCCAGGAGCGCAUCAUGUCCACCCCUGGAGGAGAGGAGGCGAUCGAAAGACUCAAGGAAUCAGAAAAGAUCAUUGCUGAGCUCAAUGAAACCUGGGAAGAAAAACUGCGGAAGACGGAGGCAAUCCGCAUGGAGAGGGAAGCCUUGCUUGCAGAGAUGGGUGUGGCAAUCCGUGAAGAUGGAGGCACUUUGGGGGUCUUCUCUCCUAAAAAGACUCCACACCUUGUUAACCUGAAUGAGGAUCCUCUCAUGUCGGAGUGUCUGCUCUACUACAUCAAAGACGGAAUUACAAGGGUGGGCCAGGCUGAUGCUGAAAGACGACAGGACAUUGUUUUAAGUGGUGCGCAUAUCAAGGAAGAGCACUGCAUCUUCCGCAGCGAGAGGAAUGCCAAUGGAAAUGUUAUCGUCAUGCUGGUGCCCUGCGAGGGAUCAGAAACCUAUGUCAACGGCAAGCGUGUUGACGAUUCAAUCCAGCUUCGUUCAGGUAACCGUAUCAUUAUGGGAAAGAACCACGUGUUCCGGUUCAACCACCCAGAACAGGCCCGAGCUGAAAGGGAGAAGACGCCAACUGCCGAAACGCCUGUGGAGCCGGUGGAUUGGACCUUUGCUCAGAGAGAGCUUCUGGAGAAGCAGGGCAUCGACAUGAAGCAGGAGAUGGAGAAAAGGCUCACUGAGAUGGAAAUCUUGUACAAAAAGGAGAAGGAGGAAGCAGACCAGCUUCUGGAGCAACAGCGACUGGUGUACGAGAGCAAAUUGCAGGAACUACAGAAACAGGUGGAGACUAUUUCUCUGGUAGCCGAGACACCUGAUGAAGAAGAGCUGGAGGAGGAGGAGGAAGAGGAAGUGCCGUGGACUCAGCACGAGUUUGAGUUGGCUCAGUGGGCUUUCAGGAAGUGGAGGUACCAUCAGUUCACCUCCCUCCGUGACCAGCUGUGGGGAAACGCAGUCUACCUGAAAGAGGCCAAUGCCAUUAGUGUGGAGCUAAAAAAGAAAGUCCAGUUUCAGUUUGUCUUGCUGACAGACACUCUGUACUCUCCGCUGCCCCCUGAGCUACUGUCGCCAGAGCCAGAGAAAGAGCGUGACUCCAGGCCUUUCCCCCGUACAGUGGUGGCUGUAGAAGUUCAAGACCUGAAGAACGGAGCCACGCACUACUGGUCCCUUGAUAAACUCAAGCAGAGGCUGGAUCAGAUGAGAGAGAUGUAUGACCGUGCUGGAGAAAUGGCCUCUGCAAACCAGGAGGAUGGCGAGGGCAGUCUCACAGGAAAUGACCCCUUCUAUGACCGUUUCCAUUGGUUUAAACUUGUGGGGAGCUCCCCCAUCUUCCACGGUUGUGUUAACGAGCGCCUGGCCGACCGCACCCCUUCACCUACCUUCUCCACCACUGACUCGGAGAUCACAGAGAUGGCGGACGAGCGCCAGAGCGAGAUGUCCGACUUGAUCGACGAUGAGGCUUUCGUGGAUGACACCAGCUCAGACGCCGGCACCGAAGAGGGCUCGGACAUCUUCAGCGACGGCCAGGACCCCUUCUACGACCGCUCCCCCUGGUUCAUCCUGGUGGGAAGAGCUUUCGUGUACCUGAGCAACCUUCUCUACCCUGUGCCACUGGUGCACCGUGUUGCCAUAGUAACAGAGAAGGGCGAGGUGCGUGGUUUCCUACGUGUGGGGGUCCAGGCUAUAGCUGCUGACGAGGAGGCCCCAGACUACGGGUCAGGAGUUAGACAGUCGGGAACUGCCAAGAUUUCCUUUGAUGAUGAGUACUUCAAAAAGAAUGACUUUCCCUCCACGGUUAUGACCCGCUCCGGCAUGUCCCUGGAAGAGCUGCGCAUUGUGGAGGGUCAGGGCCAGAGUUCAGAGGUCAUCACACCCUCAGAGGAGCUCAACAGAAUCAAUGACAUGGACCUCAAGCUGGGUAACAUCGCAGACACCAAGCUGAGUUGUGGUGACGGUCUGGCAGGCCAGCUGGAAGUGGGCAGCAUCUUUACCUUCCGUGUUACCGUGCUCCAGGCCAACGGCAUCCCGCCGGAGUACGCAGAUAUCUUCUGUCAGUUCAAUUUCCUGCAUCGUCACGACGAGGCUUUUUCUACUGAGCCUCUGAAGAACACUGGCAAAGGAGCCCCUCUGGGCUUUUACCAUGUCCAGAACGUUUCAGUUGAGGUCACAGAGUCCUUCAUUGAAUACAUCAAGAGCAAGCCCAUCGUGUUUGAAGUGUUCGGCCACUACCAGCAGCACCCGCUGCAUCUUCAUGGCCAGGACCUGAUCAGUCCUCCAACACCGUCAAGGAAAUACUAUCCUAUUCCCAUGCCUCUGUCUAAACCAGUUCCAGCCACCAAGCUGAACACCAUCACUAAGUCCAACCUGGGUCAGUGUGUCAGCAAGUACGACCUGCUGGUCUGGUUUGAGAUCAGUGAGCUGGAGCCCACUGGAGAGUACAUCCCGGCUGUAGUGGAUCACAGCGGAGGACUGCCCUGCAAUGGCACCUACCUACUGCACCAGGGGAUCCAGCGGAGGAUCACGGUGACUCUCAUCCAUGAGAAGGGAAGCGAGCUCCACUGGAAGGAUGUUCGUGAGCUGGUCGUGGGUCGUAUCAGGAACAAGGCUGAAGUGGACGAUAGCGCUGCCGAUGCCGUCCUGUCCCUCAACAUCAUUUCUGCCAAGAACAUCAAGUCAUCCCACAAUUCCAACAGGACAUUCUACCGCUUCGAGGCAGUGUGGGACAGCUCCCUGCACAACUCCCUCCUGCUAAACCGAGUCACUCCAUAUGGAGAGAAGAUUUAUAUGACCCUGUCUGCAUAUCUGGAGCUGGACCACUGCAUCCAGCCUGCUAUUAUUACCAAAGACAUCUGCAUGGUCUUCUACUCCCGAGACGCAAAGAUCUCCCCUCCCCGUUCCCUCAGGAACCUCUUUGGGAGUGGGUACUCGAAAACCCCUGACUGCAAUCGAGUCACUGGCAUCUACGAGCUGAGCUUGUGCAAGAUGUCUGACACUGGAAGCCCAGGGAUGCAGCGGAGGAGGAGGAAGGUUCUGGACACAUCAGUGGCUUAUGUGCGUGGGGAGGAGAACCUGGCCGGCUGGAGGCCCAGAGGAGACAGUCUCAUCCUGGAGCACCAAUGGGAGCUGGAGAAAAUGGAGCAGCUGCAUGAAGUGGAGAAGACCCGCCACCUGCUCCUGCUAAGGGAGAAGCUGGGAGACUCGGCUCCAGUGGGAACAGCUCCCACCACCAAGUCCCUGAGCGAGCUGCUGUCACCCAGCAUGAGCUCAGACAGCCUCUCCACCUCCACCUCCAUCUCCUCUCAGAUCUCCAGCACCACCUUUGAAAGCGCCAUCACGCCCAGCGAGAGCAGCGGCUACGACUCGACCGACAUUGAGAGCCUGGUGGAUCGUGAGAAGGAGCUGGCUACUAAGUGCCUGCGCCUCCUGACACACACCUUCAACAGUGAAUAUAACCAGGUGGUCAACAGUAUCAGUGACUGCAAGCUGUCUGACAUCUCACCAAUGGGACGUGACCCAUCAGUGACCAGCUUCAGCAGCGCCACUCUCACCCCUUCCUCCACCUGCCCUUCUCUGUCUGACUCCCGCUGUGGUUCCAUAGACCAGAAGACCCCAGAGAACAGCUCCCGUGCCUCCAGUCCCUCCUGCUCAGACUAUGAAAACUUCCCGAUGGUUCCCAGUCUGGAGACCUCCUACUUAGCACGAGCUGGGAAGAACGAGUUCCUCAACUUGGUGCCUGAUAUUGAAGAAAUGAGGCCAGGAUCCGUAGUUUCCAAGAAAGGUUUCCUAAGCUUCAUGGAGCCACGCUCCAACUCGUGGGUGAAGCACUUUGUGGUCGUGCGCCGGCCCUACGUCUUCAUCUACAACAGCGACAAGGACCCAGUGGAGCGGGGCGUCCUCAACCUCUCCACAGCACAGGUGGAAUACAGUGAAGACCAGCAGGCCAUGCUUAAGACUCCCAACACAUUUGCAGUGUGCACAAAACAUCGAGGAAUCCUCCUGCAGGCCAACAAUGAGAAAGACAUGAACGACUGGCUUUACGCAUUUAACCCCCUGUUAGCAGGAACGAUAAGAUCCAAGCUGGCGAGGAGGCGCAGUGGCCUAAUGAAGAACUGAGCGGGUGGACCGGCACACGGGAAACCACGGCUUCCACUGUUUCUGGGAAGCCUUUUGAACAUACCAAGUGUUAACACUUAUUAAUCAUUGUGAUUCUUGACAGUUUUCUCUUGUAAGUAGACUUGUGGCUUAAGUCUCCUUUCAUGCGACUAAAAGUUUCAGUUCCAGAAAAAUUUGCCUCCCCCUCUCCCUCCAACAACCCUCUGCCAACUUAGCUUUCUUCCUCUCUAUCUCUCCUCCCUUCCUCCUCCUCAGCUUUUUGUGUUUUUGUUUUUAUGACAAUGUUUGGGUCUAAUUUUGUUCCGCUUUGUUGUCAUUCCCUAACUCCCUAACUAGUAGCAUGUUGUAAUAGUCUACUUGUGUGUGCACGAUUCUUCAGAAAACUGUUCUUUCUGGCCACUAAUUUUCAGUUUUGCCAAUCAUCUGUAAAGAAAUUGUCUCUAUCAGUGUUAUUUGUCUCCCGAGAAGAGUUUAUUUUUAUGUUUAGUUUUUUUUUAAUAUGCCCGCAUGAUAACUGCAGCAGUCCUCAGGAGAAGACCAGGUUUGCUUAAUCAAAAAAAUAAUUAUUAAAAGUCUGAUACAGUUGAAACCAUGAAGGAAAAAUUAUACAUCCAAGCGAUGUAUUAGUUUACGUUCUGCUACAGAAAGCAAGGCUACUUCAAGAUCUAUUGCUGCUAAUGAAUUCAUAGGUUUUUCUUCUCCUUGUGAGAUUCUCAUCAGGCCGCCGCCGCCUCUUGCUCCCCCCUGCCAUAUGCUAAAUGGCGUUUAGAAACAAAAUGUUACGUCUGAAAAACGUGUCCCGGCUCAGUGAGCUCUGAGGGCAGCGCUGGAUUUCCACCGUCAUCCUUGUGAUAUUUAGACCCCACUCCUCGGCAUAUUCACCAACGCCAACCCCCAAUAGUGCCGUCAGCCAUGCAUUUGUGUCAACAUCAAAAAUACAUGCAAACAUGUAUGAAGAUUAUUUCAUAUCUUAGCAGUGAAAAGCAGAAGUAGAUAUUCGUCCCUGUCAUUUUUGCUAUUACAUCUCAAGAGAAAAAAACAGGGUUUCGAGGAGAGGAGGAGGAGGAGGAGGAGGAAGACGGACAGUCCUCCAAGGAGAGAGUAUGAUUUGUACAUACAGUCUGUUCUGGGAUCAGUGUGGUAGUUAGCUCUCAUUUAAGACAUUCCUCUCAGCUCCUCUCGCAGUUCUUCUUACACAUUGAGCCUCAGACUUUAAGAGAGUCUCAACAUUUAGUUAGCUGAAGACAAAACAAAAACCUGGUGAAACGGGAGGAAGAAGUAAGAAAAGAGAAUGAAGUUGCAAUGCUCCAGUCUUGACGCCAGUAGAUAAUUGAAGCAGCUGCUAGCACAUUGCCUGCAGGACAGUUACUGAAUAGUCCAGCCCGUGACUCCCCUCGCUGUCAUGACGGUGUCGGGUAAAACCUCUCAAGAGAAGUACUCUCUGUUCAGCAGCACCACGUGUUCAUUUUCUACUUGUGUUCUUUGAAUUGAAACUCCUCUAACUCUCAUUAGGUUGACAUUUCCUUUUUUUAAUUUAAUGAUUAACAUUUUUUCUAUCAUGCUUUUAACCAUUCCACGGUGAAGUUUUAUAUGAAAUGUUACAGAGGGCAUUUAUUUCUUAAGUUGUAACCAGCUCUACUGGUGUUUAACCUUAUUUUGCACAUUAACACAUAUCUAUAGCAAGACGAGGGCAGGUCACACAGGAUGAGUCCGAGAUUAUUUCUGAGUAUCAGGAUAAGAGCACAUAUCGAGGCUACACUGGAUAGCUGUUUACGAGAGAGAAGGAAAGUGAUGUUAAAGGGACGACAUAUGCUCAAAAGGUUUUAUUUCUGAUAUUGUUUAUGAAAAUAUUUGCUCUGGACAUCACAGCUGCUACAUUUGGCUCCUGAUGAGUUAUGCCUCUGUUUCUUCACGUGGUAGAAAAGUGUGAUGAGCACAGACGGGCAUUAAAAACUGGCCAGCCAACCAGUUGUACGCCUGCUGUGUCAUGACUGAGACAUUAAGGUUGAAGGUGUUGAAACAGAGGCAGCCAUCGCCUGUUACAAGUUGGUGAUGCAUCUUCAUUGUUUGCUGAUGUAAAGACAGAAAACAUUUGCCUCGGAAGUCAGACGUCUCUCUGCCCUCGGGUCGGCCAACCUGCUGGUCAGGGAAACAAAAACCUGCUGAAGUGUUUCUGAGAAAUGUUUUGUCUUAAAGAGAAAAAGCAUCUAUGCACUGACCAAGGCUCCAAGUGCAUCGUACCUCACGUUAACCCCAGCGUACUGUAAGAGAUAUCAGAGAUACGAAGACCUGUCAGAGCAAACAUUUUCACUUCACUGACUAAUUUGCAGAGGUCUAUUAUUUUGGAUUGUGUAUUUAUUGUUUGCAAUGUAUAUAUUAGUUUGCAGCUCUUUGCACAUAUUAAUAAAAGGUUCAACUAACUGAUCAAAUAAAGUCUGUGCGGUUUAGUUGUUCUACUCAGAGUGAACCAAAUGAUGGUGUGGCAGCCUCUCCCAGUCCGAACUGGGGGAGCGUUGAAUGUACUACGAAGGUGUGUGUUUCUCCAUCGUUUAGAAAGAGAACUAAAAUGUAACCCGCCGCAUCUUUUUCAGGGGAGGUGAGUUACAUUAGUGCUUCCUCUUUAGUAGAAAGUGGUUUGAGUGACAGUCUGCUUUUUGAUUUGAAGAAUAUUUACUCACGACUCAUGCUAGCCAGCCACUUGAGUUAUAACAAAACAAGGGUGGUUUUUAACUCAUUUUGUUUUUUCUCUAAUAUCAGGGAAUAUAAUACAAAGUAGCUAGUGACAUCUAAAAUGACAGUAUACUAUUGUUGUGCUGGUGUCUUUCUUCACCUCAACACUUUUUCUUUUUUCCGUUGAUGCCUUUCGAAACAAAACUAGCCAUGAUAUUUUCCAUCUUCCCCUCUGACAAUUAAUAUCAGUUAACUGCGUUCCCUAUGGAUCUGUUCACCGAACGAAACAAAACAAACAAACAAACAAACCCACGACAUCAACACUGUACAUUAUUUGUCAGACUGGUUUCAUUUUCAUACUUAUUUUGUAAAUAUCUGUGUUGUAUGGAGCUUGAAUUAAAAUGUAAAUAUGUUUACUGUAUUUGUAAUAAUUAUAAUCCAUUCGCUGUAUAGCAUAGAUGUGUCAUGCAGAUAUCCUAAUUCUGUGUAUGGUAAUCUUGCACCAUUGAACUGUUUAGUGAAUGAGGCAACAAUAAAAAGUACAAACUGUGCAUUAGCAGAACAA